CGGAAGUAGGAUUGGACACGAAUUUGUUUUGAUUUUGAACAUUCAUUCUGUUGACUAAAGAAAUAUCAACUGACUCAGUUGAAUUUGCAACGCAAAACUAAUUUGAUAGAAAAUGUCUAAACUAGAGUUCUUGCGUGUGUUUUUGAAUGAGCGUUUAACGGCUGCCGCUGUGGAGAUUUUCGGGGCAGUUGAGGAAACGGUAGUGGGGUACCAGGAGGAGAAUGAUCGGCUACGGAGACUGCUGUGUAUCACACCAAAGAUAACAUGUAUAGACUCCCUGCCGCUCUCUCCCAUAGUUUAUGAAGAGGAGGCUCCCCCUGAGCAGCAGCACUGUGAGCAGGAGUGGAGCCCCAGUCUGGGGCAGGAGGACCCAGGGCACACACAGAUUAAAGAGGAACAGGAGGAACUCGGCGCCAGUCAUGAGGAAGAGCAGCUUCAAAGGCUGGAGGCUGAUAUCAUAGAGUUUAAAUUCACUCCUUUCUGUGUGAAAAGUGAAUGGAAUCAGGAGGACCCAGUUUGGUCCUUGACUCUUCCCCAAACCCAGACUGUGGAGAACAGAGACAGUGAAUCUAAACUAGUGGAUUCUAAACCUUUUGGCACUGUGACCCACCUAAAGGGUCUUGAGAAUCCCUGUGACCCUCCAUAUAAUCAAAACAAUGACUCCAGCCAUUUCUCAAUUGUAAGCCGCAACCCAGUAGGACUUGACAUUAGCCCACCAUUGGGGGAACACUGUUCCAAACCCACCACCAUGUCUAGAAUAACUCACCGCUGCUGUGACUGUGGUGAAACAUUUGCUCAGAAAGCUGACCUACAGAGGCAUGUUACUCUCCCCGAGAAGAGACCCAGUGAAUGCCGCUUCUGCAAAACAAACUACAACUCCACCUGUAAACUGGAGGCACAUGUCCGACUCUGUCAUGGUGGGAAACCCUACACCUGUCCUGUUUGUGGCGAGACCUUCAAAGUGAAAGGUGAUCUUUCCAAACACACAAUGAUUCACACAGACGAGAAACCAUUUAGCUGUAGCUGUGAUGACUCUGGGAAGAGCUUCAAUCUCAAGGAACACUUAACCAUAGAUAUACUGACCGGCACUGGAAAGAAACCAUUUAGCUGUGGUGUCUGUGGAAAAGGCUUUAGUCAGAAGGGUUCCCUUAAGAAGCAUAUAUUUACUCACACGGGAGAGAAACGAUUUACCUGUAGUGACUGUGGGAAAGGCUUCCAUCAGAAGUGGACCCUAUCUGAACAUAUACGUACUCACACAGGAGAGAAGCCGUUUAGCUGUGGUGACUGUGGGAAAAGCUUCAAUUUGAAGGGGAACCUAAGGAAGCAUAAACUGACUCACACAGGAGAUAAACCAUUCAGUUGUGGUGACUGUGGGAAAAGUUUCAAUUUGAAGGGGAACCUAAGGAAGCAUAAACUCACUCACACAGGAGAGAAACCGUUUAGCUGUUGUGACUGUGGGAAGAGCUUCAAUCUGAAGCAACACCUAAACAUGCAUACAUUGACUCACACGGGAGAGAAACCGUUUAGCUGUGGUGACUGUGGGAAAAGCUUCACUCAAAAGUCUAGCCUGCUGACACAUGUGAAAACAAUCCACAAAGGAAUAAAACUGGAUGAAAAUUGAUAGAGGCAAUUAAAUUAUGACAAAUAGAUAUUAUGUAAGAAGAAGGAAAUUAAAGGGUAGGAUGUGGA